UGGGUGCAACACAACACAAGGGACACACAAAUUUCGAGAAAAGUCAUUUUCGACGCGUCUUUUUCGCAUUUUAAUCGUCGUAAAACGCAAAAAAAUCCCUCGCGUCUCGCCGCAAACCGAAAAACGUGUGAAAAAUUCAAUUGCGUAGUGCUUAAAAUUGAUGGCCAAAAAAUUUCAAUUUUUUUCCUUCGCUUCUGUGUGUGUAUUGUGUACGUGCAACAUAAAACAUAGUUAAAAAAAAAAAAAGAAAAAUGGGCAUCUCGAUUCACCCAUAAAGAACGAUUUUUUUGCUGGCUUUCAUUUUCCAAAACUUAUUUUUUAUACGGAAUAUUUUAAAUUUAAUCAAAUUCGGAGCAAAUUAGUCUGUAAGAGGUAGUUACGUGUAAGGAAACGCUUAAUUUUAAGGGAAUAAAUACGGGAAAUAUUUAGUGUAGCAACAGAAAAAACGCAGAUUUUUGGUUGUGUGUGUGUGGAAUUGAUGGAGAUUAUUGAUUUGUAGAAAAAAAAAGGAGGAACGAACAAAGGAUUCCUGAAUUUUUGAGUAAAAAUCGCUGAAAUUCGCAAGUUUGAGGGUAAAAUCAAUGGCGACGAGUCAUGAGGAUGUUUUCGAGUCUCGGAAUCACAACGACGGCGAAGAGUCUCUCGACUCGGCAAUCGCUACCAAAGACGGGAUCAUGAUCGUCGAAGAGGGAAGCGUCUCGGAGGAGAACGGGAACGAUGGCGCCAGCAGUAUUGAGGAAGAUCGCAUGGCGGACGACGACGAAGAUACCGCCGUCUCGCUCACGCCCACACUAAAUACUAAUAAUAACACAGAAAAUUGUAAUCAACAAAGACUGAACUUAGAUAUUUUAAGUACAAUAAGCAAUCAAUCGGAAAUUGAUGCACAAGAUGGAGAUCAAAACAUGGAGGAGGAGGAGCAGCAGCAGCAGCAAAUUGACGAAGAAGCUGCCACAGAUGCCGAUAACGAGGAAGACGACGACAAUAACACGAUAAUGCUGAGUCAGGGAACGUCUUGUAGAAUCUUGCCGCCGCCCGAUGUCACGCCAGCCUUAGAGAAAACGACAAAAUCCGUUGCCGUCAAUACCGAAACCACCAUCAGCAAGCCAAAUACGUCACAAAAUACAUCACCGAGCAGUGCACCGACCCCGUCAGCAUCACGUCAACCGAGUCGCAAUUCCGCCGAAUUUCCCGCAAGCAGCUCGAGUUCACUUUUCGAACGAGAAUCGUCCUCGAGUGCCACGGAUGACGCCCAAAACAUCACUGCCAACGCGGCAAAUGGCAACAAUAACGUUGCUGAAGCGCCCCUUGUCGACGACGAAGCCGUUUCUGUGCCAAUGGACAGUCAAGUUGUACCGCUUGUCGCAUGGGAGAACGAAGAAAUGCUCAACGAGGGCGAUUCAGAGGAAGAAGUUUGUACAUGUCAAAAUUAUACGGAAGACGAACAUUUUAGUAGUGAAGAUGAGUUGCCGUCGCGCGACGUGGAUUUAUCUGGAUACACCGCUUCCGAUCCCAUUUCCGAAGAAUUGUUGAACGAUCGCAUCACAGAAACGCCCAAAAAUCAUCGGAAACGUAAAAUUAACGAAUGUCGCUCGGCUUCGUCGGACAUUCACACUGCCGAAUUGGGUAUCGGGAUGCGAACUGGGAAACGUGUCGUGCUGGAAAAUCGAUUUUCGCCGCGGGCGUGCUUUACGCCGAGCACAAGUGCGUGUUCCGUCGUCACAACAACGCCAACGUCGACCGGUUCGUUUUACGGAGAGAAAAAGACUCCACGUUCUGUGAUUCCCACGAAGGAUAAUCCGCCGCCCGAGUUGUCCGAAUGGUUGUUGCAAUUCCAAAAAUGGAGCAAUGCCGAACGCCUUCUCGCCCUCGAUAGACUGAUCGAACAUUGUGAGCCCACGCAAGUGCGUCACGUCAUGAAAGUAAUUGAGCCGCAAUUUCAACGCGAUUUCAUCUCCUUGUUGCCGCGGGAGUUGGCGCUUCAAGUACUUUCGUAUCUCGGACCGAAAGAUCUUUUACGUGCGGCGCAAACGUGUCGCAGUUGGCGUUAUUUGGCGGAUGAUAAUCUCAUGUGGAAGGCAAAAUGCAAGGAAGUUGGCAUUUUAGACGAAAUAAAUGCCGAUAAUCGUCCCUUGAGACGCGGCAGAGUCGGAAAUAUGCCCGCGAUGGCGUCAAUUUGGAAAGCUUACUACAUGCGACACUACACGAUCGAGAUGAAUUGGCGCUCGAGACCCAUCCGAACCCCAAAAGUCUUGAAAGGACACGACGAUCACGUGAUCACUUGUUUACAAUUCUGCGGAAAUCGAAUUGUUUCCGGGUCGGAUGAUAAUACGCUUAAAGUUUGGUCUGCCGUGACGGGAAGAUGUCUCCGAACGCUCGUCGGGCACACGGGAGGCGUUUGGUCCUCGCAAAUGUCCGAUAAUAUCAUCAUUUCGGGCAGCACAGAUCGCACCCUCAAAGUGUGGGAUGCCAAUUCGGGCGCAUGUCUUCAUACGUUGUACGGGCAUACGUCGACUGUGCGGUGCAUGCAUCUCCAUGGGAACAAGGUUGUUUCGGGAUCAAGAGACGCAACGUUACGCGUUUGGGAUAUCAAUGAUGGUGCAUGUUUGCAUGUCCUCGUGGGGCAUUUGGCAGCUGUGCGUUGUGUGCAAUACGAUGGCAAGCUCGUUGUCUCCGGUGCCUAUGAUUAUAUGGUAAAAGUGUGGAAUCCCGAGCGUCAGGAGUGUUUGCACACGUUAUCUGGACACACAAAUCGCGUGUAUUCUCUUCAGUUUGAUGGAAUUCACAUCGUUUCUGGCUCACUUGAUACCUCAAUUCGUGUGUGGGAUGCGCAAACGGGCGAAUGCAAACACACCCUCAUGGGACAUCAGAGUCUCACGUCAGGCAUGGAGUUGCGUCAGAACAUCCUUGUCUCAGGAAAUGCCGAUUCAACUGUCAAAGUUUGGGAUAUUCUUACAGGACAGUGUUUACAAACGUUGUCAGGUCACAACAAACACCAAUCUGCUGUCACGUGUCUCCAAUUCAAUUCCAAAUUCGUCAUUACGAGCUCCGACGACGGCACCGUCAAAUUGUGGGACGUCAAAACGGGCGAAUUCAUCCGGAAUUUGGUGACAUUGGAUUCCGGCGGAUCUGGAGGCGUCGUAUGGCGCAUAAGGGCCAAUCAAACGAAACUCAUUUGCGCGGUCGGCUCACGCAACGGAACUGAAGAAACGAAAUUAAUGGUAUUGGACUUUGAUGUGGAAGGAGCAUGCAGUAAAUGCUCAUAGUGUUAGUAGUGAUUAAGGAAACGCAAAAAAAAAUUAAGAAAAACCACAAAAAAAAAUAUUACAAAAAAAUGCGGAUAAAUGUAACAAACAACAAAAAAAAAUAGGUUUUAGUAGAAAAAUUUGCCAUUUAAUUAUAAAUGAAAGAAAAAAUAGCUCAUCGUACAUUACAAAACAAAUAAUAAUAAUAAAUAAUACAAAAAUCAUCAACAUACCUGUCGCAGAGCGUGUCACGUCACGUCUCGUCUGCGCCUCUAACAAGCUAGAAUAUUAAAAUAAAAAAUAAAUAAUAAUUACCUCUUGCAAACAAAACAAAAAAAAAACUACAGUUGAUGAUACACAAAAAAAAAAUUAAGUGAUCUAAAAAAAAAAUCUUUAAAAAAAAAAUAAUUCUUAAAUAUUUCUCUAAUUUUAAAAAAUUUUCUUGUUGUUUAAAUUUCCUCCUUUUUUUGUUUUUAGAUAUAAUUUUUUCUUGUUAUUUUUUUACAACCUAGAAUAUUAAUUCGCUCUAUUUUUCCUCUAUAUAAUACUGUUACUAUGUUUUAGUUUUAUCGUUUUUUUUUAGAA